AUGAGAGAAAAGGGGAAAAAGGAGGAAGAUGAGGAACAGCAGCUUUCUCAGUCUGGUGUAGAAGAGAAAUUAAUUCCAGAUCCUGACAGCGAUGAUGUAAGCGACGUGGUUGCCAGGCAAAUCAUUGAAGGUGCAAAACAGGAUGUUGAUGAUGAAUACAGUUCAUCUCAGACUGUCCCUCAGGGUUUGCAGUCAUACUAUGCUGUGGCCCAUGCAGUCACAGAGAGGGUGGAGAAACAGUCCUCAUUGUUAAUCAAUGGAAUGCUGAAACAGUAUCAGAUUAAAGGUUUGGAGUGGCUGGUGUCUCUAUACAAUAACAAUUUAAAUGGUAUCCUUGCUGAUGAGAUGGGUCUGGGUAAAACCAUCCAGACUAUCGCUUUAAUCACAUACCUCAUGGAGCACAAGCGAAUUAAUGGACCUUUCCUCAUCAUAGUACCUCUUUCAACGCUUUCAAACUGGCAUUAUGAGUUUGAUAAAUGGGCCCCUUCCGUGGUGAAGGUUUCUUACAAGGGCUCCCCCACAGCAAGACGGGCAUUUGUACCUCAGCUUCGUAGUGGCAAAUUCAAUGUCCUGCUGACUACAUACGAAUAUAUCAUUAAGGAUAAACACGUCCUUGCUAAGACUCGUUGGAAAUACAUGAUCGUUGAUGAAGGUCACAGAAUGAAGAAUCACCAUUGUAAGCUAACACAAGUCUUGAACACUCACUAUGUGGCACCCCGCCGGCUUCUGCUGACUGGAACACCACUACAGAAUAAGCUACCUGAACUCUGGGCACUACUAAACUUCCUUCUUCCAACAAUUUUCAAGAGCUGUAGCACUUUUGAACAGUGGUUCAAUGCACCAUUUGCCAUGACUGGAGAAAAGGUUGAUUUAAAUGAAGAAGAAACCAUUCUCAUUAUUCGCCGUUUGCACAAAGUUCUACGUCCCUUCCUUUUAAGGCGACUCAAGAAAGAAGUUGAAGCACAGCUUCCUGAAAAGGUCGAAUAUGUGAUUAAGUGUGACAUGUCUGCUUUGCAACGGGUAUUAUAUCGUCACAUGCAGGCCAAGGGAGUGCUGCUUACGGAUGGAUCAGAAAAGGAUAAGAAGGGCAAAGGUGGUACAAAGACACUAAUGAACACUAUCAUGCAACUGCGGAAGAUAUGCAACCACCCAUAUAUGUUUCAGCACAUUGAGGAAUCCUUUUCAGAGCACUUGGGAUUUUCUGGAGGCAUUGUACAAGGGGCUGACCUUUAUCGAGCUUCAGGAAAAUUUGAACUCCUAGAUCGAAUUCUUCCAAAAUUGCGAGCUACUAACCACAAGGUGCUACUGUUUUGCCAGAUGACCUCACUUAUGACAAUUAUGGAGGACUACUUUGCAUACCGUGGCUUCCGUUAUCUCAGGCUUGAUGGAACUACAAAAGCUGAAGACCGUGGCAUUCUGCUGAAAACGUUCAAUGAACCAGACAGUGACUUCUUCAUUUUCCUUUUGAGUACAAGGGCUGGAGGGCUUGGUUUGAACUUGCAGUCUGCAGACACUGUGAUCAUCUUUGAUAGUGACUGGAAUCCUCAUCAGGAUUUGCAGGCUCAGGAUCGAGCCCACCGGAUAGGGCAACAGAAUGAAGUGCGUGUUUUACGUCUGUGCACUGUUAACAGUGUGGAGGAGAAGAUUCUAGCUGCUGCCAAGUACAAGCUUAAUGUAGAUCAAAAGGUGAUCCAGGCUGGUAUGUUUGACCAGAAGUCCUCAAGUCAUGAAAGACGAGCUUUCCUGCAGGCUAUUCUAGAACAUGAAGAACAGGACGAGGGUUUUAGCUCUACUGAGAUGAUACAUUCAUUUGUGAAGGAAGAAGAUGAGGUUCCUGAUGAUGAAACUGUUAACCAGAUGAUAGCAAGAAAUGAAGAAGAAUUUGACCUCUUCAUGAGAAUGGAUCUAGAUCGCCGACGUGAAGAAGCUCGAAACCCUAAGCGGAAACCAAGACUUAUGGAAGAAGAUGAACUGCCUUCUUGGAUCCUCAAAGAUGAUGCUGAGGUGGAGCGUCUGACAUGUGAGGAAGAGGAGGAAAAGAUGUUUGGCCGUGGUUCACGGAAUCGAAAAGAGGUGGACUACAGUGACUCAUUGACAGAAAAACAGUGGUUAAAGGCUAUAGAAGAAGGAACAUUAGAAGAGAUAGAAGAGGAAGUCCGUCAGAAGAAAACUUCUCGCAAACGCAAGCGAGACAGAGACAGAGACAUUGAUGGAGGUCCUUCUACUCCAACUACCACUCGUAGCCGUGACAAGGAUGAUGAGAGCAAAAAGAAGAAACGAGGUCGGCCACCUGCUGAAAAACUCUCUCCAAAUCCUCCUAAUCUCACCAAGAAAAUGAAGAAGACUGUUGAUGCAGUGAUUAAAUAUAAAGACAGCAGCACAGGACGUCAGCUCAGUGAAGUCUUCAUCCAGCUUCCAUCUCGUAAGGAGUUGCCUGAAUAUUAUGAACUAAUCCGUAAACCAGUUGACUUCAAAAAGAUAAAGGAACGAAUCCGUAAUCACAAGUAUCGCAGUCUGAAUGACCUAGAAAGAGAUGUCAUGCUUCUGUGUCAGAAUGCCCAAACCUUCAACUUGGAGGGGUCCUUGUUAUCUCAAAAUUAUUUAUUGUUUUUUCCAAUAGCCCGUUCAGUUAAGGUUAAAAUUAAACUAGGCAAGAGGGAGAGAGGCUCAGAGAGGGGCAAAGGCCGUCGACGUCUAGGUCGUGGGUCUCGAGCCAGGCCGAUUGUCAGUGAUGAUGAUAGUGAAGAGGAACAGGAUGAAGAGUUAAAUUUGAGCCUUAUGGCAAUGAGCCACGAAGACUCUGCAAAUGCAGCCAUGCCACCCAAACGUUGAUACUGAAACUGUCUGUACUUGUUCUUACAAGUAAAGGAACAAGGGAAUCACAUGAUGAUAACUUGCUACAGAUUUUAAUCUCCUAAUCGGGAGUACUCUGGAAGUGGCAUCCAAAAAUAAAUUCUGUGAGAACAUUCUUUGUCUUACCAACUCCAGAAACAUGUCCAUCCUUCCAAAACAAAGCUGCUGUAAUCCUUUAGCCUGAACGGGUAGCAUCUGAUAUAUCAGAUUUUAGUAGGCUGUACAGAAAUCUUCCA